AGCAAUGGGACACCGGAAGUUGUGAUGAAUCUCACCGGAAGUCUCCCGAUUAAAGGGAUUUUUCUGCGUUUCCUCUACCUCAUCUUAUCAGAUAUGUUUAGGACUUUCAUGUCCCAAACAAAGCCGCAGAAGGAGCCGGCAUCCGCAGAAAGUCCGCCGUCUGCGGCGGGCUCUAGCGUCCUUUUGGUCGGGGACCGCGGCGUCAGCAGCUCCCUGCUACUGUUGGCCGCCAUCACCGCAGCGUCCGAGAUGGGCAUCAGAGUGGCGUUCUUCACCCAGACACAGAUCCAGAGCCUUCCAGAAACGCUGCGGAGGGGGGUUCCCAGCCUCCGUCCAGAGGGGCUGAAGAAAACGACGUUUUUCUACCCUCGGACUCUAGAGCAGCUCCUCCUGCAGGUCGCCAGCCUCCACGAGUCCCCCCCUCCCCCCUCCCUCAUCGUGGUUGACAGACUGGAGAGCUUCCUGCGAGGGCCUGCAGGCGGCUGCAGCACCGGCUGCUUCUCUGGAGAGCAGUCUUCCGCUGCGCGCUUGUCCGCGCUGCUCUGCGACACCGCAGCUUUCCUCACGCAGGUGCUGGAGCAGAGGGGGUCAACUUCCUCCCCCUGCCGCGUGAUCGCCUCUUACCUGUCAGAGGAGGACGCCACCAAGGACGGCGAGGACCUCUGUGGCACGGAUCCUGUCCUCGAUGUCCUCGAUCGGUACUUCCAGGUCCGCUGCACCCUGGACCAGGACAGAGGCUACGAAGCCGCAGCAGCUGCGGUUCAGGAGGUGUGGCACGUCUACCUUUCAGGAAGAGGAAUCACAGACACCUUUUUAGAGAAAGAUGGAGAGGAGAAACUCAAUGCAACCCAAGAGUGGAGACUUUUAAUUCUCCCAGAUGGAGUCAUAGAGUUUAAUUCGGUUUGAAAGACUUGGAACAAUGAAGGACGAUUAUGUUGCAAAGAAAGAAUUUAGAUUGACCUCUUUUGUUUUAAUUUCUAAAUUGUUUGUCUCAUAAAUGUUGUAUAAAAUGAAAUUAAAAAAAGGUACAGAAAUACACAAUAA